UGAGCAGAGAACACACACUUCACUCACACACUCACGCACACACGUACACUCACACACACACGCGGUGGGGGAAGAGGUGUCUCUGGAGCUGAAAAGCCUCCUGGGACUGCAGAUCCUGUCUGAUAUCACGGGGAACUAGAGAAGCGAGGACCAUUUCAGCGCCUCCGAGGACAAACUACAGCCGGUCAUCUGGAUUAUUACCGAGAUUAGACCCGAAAACUGAUCCAAAAUCCCUCUGCUGCGGACUUUAUAUUGUGUGUUUGCGCCUCGCUGGUGAGUUAGUGCGACUUUUUACCUGUAAAAUAUAAAUUUAAGCUAUAAAAGCGUCAAAACAGAGCUGCAGCUUUCUGUUUGUGUUGUGUCUACAUGGAGUUUUGACAUGAUGGUAGAUUAUUGAUCGGCGAUCACCUGCCAGUCCUCCUCAAAUGACUCCUUUUUUCGCAGUAAUGUUUCUAAAACAGCAUUAAAGUCGGAAGUGCUUUUGGUUACUUGGUAUCAUUUCGCCGGAGGAUCGUUGGAGGAUUUGAUCAAAGCUGAGGGUUAAUCCGGAGCGCACAGGCACCAUGAUCAGCUCGGAGGGCCUGCGGCCGGCCACCUCCGGCAGGAAGCCGCUGGGGAAGCUCGCCACCCGGCUGGAGGAGGUGAAGACCUCGUGGCGGCAGGUCUCCACGCUGGAGCUCAGCCACAACGAGGCGGCGCGUCUGGCCACGGACGCGCUGCUGGAGCACGGGGAGAAGGAGUACCGGCGCGUCCUGAACGAGGAGCGGGAGCUAAACUUUCUGUCGCCGCUGGAGAUCCGCUACAUCACCCAGCACGCCGCCAAAACCUGUGGCUCCGAGAGCAACGGCGUCGGCCCUAACGACCGGGACUUCGGGGACGGAGACGCCGUGUCCGAGCUCACCUCCGGGACUUACUUCCCCAUGAUGUCCGACGAGGAGCCGCCGAUGCUGGAGCUCGGCUGGCCCGAGACCCCGUCCAGGUACGGACCGUCAGAGACGCAGAUCUACUUCCAGAGAGACAAGUCCCACAACGUCAAAGACCUCAUCAGGUCCCUCAUGAACAAAGCCAAAAAGGUGAUCGCGCUGGUGAUGGACGUGUUUACGGACGUGGACCUGCUGUGUGACCUCAUGGAGGCGUCCAACAAGCGCAAAGUCCCCGUCUACAUCCUGCUGGACGAGAAAAACCUCCACUACUUCACAGACAUGUGCUCUGCGCUCGACAUCCAGAAUUCACACAUGACUAACAUGCGUAUCCGCAGCGUGUGUGGGGACACGUACUGCACCAAGAGCGGCAAGAAGUUCACCGGUCAGGUCCUGGAAAAGUUUAUGAUCAUUGACUGUGAAGAGGUCAUCGCCGGGUCAUACAGUUUCACCUGGCUGUCGGCUCAGGUGCACAGCAACAUGGUGAUGCAUUUCUCAGGUCGCAUCACCGACAGCUUCGACCGCGAGUUCCGCUGUCUGUACGCCGACUCGCAGAUCAUCGACUGCUUCUACAACCCAGAGGAGGAGGGGAUGCCCUACUACCCGUCAUACCAAGCCAUGAUGGGCCCCGGCAUGGGCAUGGGGCCCGGGCCGGUCCUGGGGAUGGAUAUACUCUCUGACAGGCAGAGAGACAGGCAGUGCUCUGAAAACUCCAGCAGCCAAUCAAGUAACAGCGUGUCCAGUGUGAAGGCGGCGCCCGGGAUGACCCCUAACACCGUCUACAAGGUCACUCAAAGUCAUGACAAGAAGGAGCCCAACAGCAAACCUCACCUCAGCCCUGAGAGGAGAGGCGGAAGCGGAGAGCGAGUCGGAGGACAAACUCCGACUCCUCAGACUCGAGUUUCUGCUAACGGAGGGAACAAUCACAGCCCAGCCAUGGAUCGGCCGCCGCCGCCGUAUGGUCAGCAAAUGGGCAUCGAGUGGAACAAGCCCAACCCGGCGGACGUCAUGCGGUCAAAUAUCGGCGGCACCUCUUCAAAGUUCCAGGCGAUGGGGUUGUACGACCACAAACCGAACAUGUUCCACAGCUCCGGGCUCGUCCCCGGCGCCCCCAACUCAAACCUGAACCCCAAGACGCAGACGCCGUCCCCGGUCAAUGACACCAAACUCACCUCCAAGCAGAGGACUUCCUCCAACCAGUUCCUCAACAAACUCUCGGACCUCUUCCUGCCCCCCUCCAAUAAGGAGACCUACAACUUCCGGAGGUCGCCAUCCCCUCACGGCAACCCUCACUGGGGGGGACCGGACCUCUCUCAAGGUGAGCCGGAGAGCCAGCAGAGCCCGCCGCCCCCGCCCUCGCCGGGCGUGCUGAUGAGCCGGCAGGACCAGAAGCGAAUGACGCUGGGCCACAGCAAGCUGGACCUGGUGAACCAGUACAACAAGAUGAAAUCCAAGCAGGUGUACAGUCGCUUUGAGCUCAAGACCACCAAUUAGUUGGAUUUCAUCGAGUUAUAUUUCGUCAUGUUUCCGUUGCGGGAACUCGGUGAACGACGUCAAAGUCGGUCCUCGCAGCCUUUCUACUCGUCGCAGUGUAGGUCCCUGGUAGGACCCACUGGACUGCAGAGUAAACUUAAUCAUUCUUCAUCCUCUUUUUCGUCUGCUGUGUUUUAUGCUGUGAUGUCAGGAGGUCGGAGUUUCCGAGUUGGGAAUUUGUUCUUCCGACGUUGCUGUGUUUGUGUGCUUUGAGGUCAUAAAGUGGGAGCAACAUUGAAGCUAUGAAGAGGAUGGGCUGCAUUUAAUGCUGAAAGAGGUUGAUAGCUGUCUCCGUACAUGAAGUUUCUCACCAUGGACCAGACACUGACUUUUUUUCCAAGUUGUUUUUCUGACAUGAGAGGCCGUUCAUGUGACUUUUCCCAAUGGGAAAGUUUUGAACUAUUCAGACAUCAUGUGAACUCAACAUUAAAAAUGUUUUUGCAGUUUUUGAGGGACCACACUGAAGUACCUACCUACCUAUCUCGAAAAUUGUCCUGCAGGGGUGGUCUCUGCUGUGGAGACACACAUCUCCAGGCAAGACCCCAUGAAACUCUUGUAGAGUUCCUGCAGUGGAAACGGACCUUUUAACUUUCUCUUCCAAACUUUUCAUUACUUCUCUCUCUUUUAUUACAUCCUUACAACCCGUGGUGAAAAGUCUCCAUGGACUCGUGUUGGUGAAGAUUCUCAGUCACCCAGGUCAUGGUAAUUCUUGCUUGUGUUUUUCGAAAUAUCUUCAAGAAACUCAAACAAGCCCAGUUGCCUUCGAUAAAGCACCUGGAGCCUCCAUGGAUUGUGUUUUUUUUAGUCUUCUUCCUCAGUUUGGUGAUUCCUGGUGAAAAUGGAGCCGUUGCAUCCACGUUGUGGAGUUUUUUGUAGAGUUUUUCUCUGAGAUUCUUGAAACCACAUUGCCUCUUUUAUCAUGUGAGGUGCAGUCGGGACUUCUUUACCCCUUUUCCACCAAGUUUUUACUCUAGUUUUUUUACCUGAUCCAUUUAGGAUACUUGUAACCUUGGUGCUAUCUAGAGAACCAGCCCACGUUUCCACCAGU